AUGUGGACAACGACGUUGAGACAGCGAUGGCUGAUUGUGACAGCGUCAUCGUUGUUCAUGUUUUUGUCUUUUCCAGCGGUCUGUUACGGAGUUGCUCCACCUCGUACGCUGUUCAACAAGUUGUCUGAGGGUAAAACCCUCACCAAUAACGAGCUCUGGUUCAAUCAGACCCUCGAUCACUUCUCUCCCUAUGAUCACCGUCAAUUCCGGCAACGUUACUAUGAGUUCCUUGAUUAUUUCCGGAUUCCAGAUGGGCCAAUUUUUUUGAAAAUCUGCGGUGAAGGUCCAUGUAAUGGGAUAGCAAAUGAUUAUAUUGGUGUACUGGCAAAGAAGUUUGGAGCAGCUGUGGUUUCUCUUGAACAUCGCUAUUAUGGAAAGAGUUCUCCAUUUGAUUCUUUGGCGACAGAAAAUUUGAAAUAUCUUUCAUCCAAGCAGGCACUCUUUGAUUUAGCUGUUUUUCGCCAGUAUUAUCAGGGUUCCUUAAAUGCAAAGCUUAAUAGAACAAAAAUUGAAAACCCCUGGUUCUCUUUUGGUGGCUCGUAUCCUGGAGCACUCAGUGCAUGGUUCCGUCUUAAGUUUCCUCAUCUAACUUGUGGAAGUCUUGCAAGUUCUGCAGUUGUUCUUGCUGUUUAUAACUUCACAGAAUUUGAUCAGCAGAUUGGUGAGUCAGCUGGUGCUGAAUGUAAAUCAGUGUUACAAGAAAUUACUCAGCUCAUUGAAAACAAACUUGCAACCGAUGGAAGGGAUCUGAAGGCAUCUUUUAAUGCAGCUGAUCUUGAAAUUGAUGGAGACUUCAUGUAUCUUCUGGCUGAUGCUGCUGCUACAGCGUUUCAAUAUGGAAAUCCAGAUAAAUUGUGCAAGCCCCUGAUUGAAGCAAAGAAGGCUGGAGAGGAUUUGGUGGAUGCUUAUGCCAAAUAUGUCAAAGAGUACUACCUUGGAACGUUUGGUGUUAACGUACAAAUUUAUGACCAGAAGUACUUGAAAAACACUGCUAUUGAUGAAGACAGUUCUUCUCGAUUAUGGUGGUUUCAAGUUUGCACUGAAGUUGCGUAUUUUCAGGUGGCUCCCUCAAAUGAUAGUAUACGCUCCUCAAAAGUUGACACAAGAUACCAUUUAGAUCUUUGCAAAAAUGUCUUUGGGGAGGGCAUCUUUCCUGACGUUGAUGCAACUAAUUUAUACUACGGAGGCACAAAAAUUGCUGGUUCAAAAAUAAUAUUUACAAACGGUUCACAGGAUCCUUGGCGUCACGCAUCCAAACAAAUUUCAUCCCCUGAUAGUGAUAUGCCUUCAUACACUAUCACAUGUUAUAAUUGUGGUCAUGGAACUGAUAUGCGAGGAUGUCCUCAAUCUCCUUUGGUUCUUGAAGGUGAUGAGAAGAACUGUACCUCUCCAGAUGCAGUUCACAAAGUAAGGCUAAAGAUUGUAGAACACAUGGACUUGUGGCUAUCUGAGUGCCUCGACACAGGCAGGAGUUUUAUAUGAUUAUUUGCAUACGAAGUGCAUGAUGUACCAUAAUUUAGCCUGAUUUCUGUUUUUUCUUCCUUCAAGAGAUAUGGUUGUCAUCAUUCCACGAAAUUUGUUACUGUUGUUAAUCAGUUUUUGGUAUAAACUGACCAAAUAUAAGGCAGAACAUUACUGUACAUAAAAUAAAAUGUCUUUCCUUAAGACUUUCUUUUAUUGAGUUAUAGCAGGCCAGAUAGUAGUGCU